AUGAGAAGAGCAGAUCGGAGGAUAGCGUUUGCGUUGGACACAGGUUCUUCUGUUCCUGGAGAUAACGGAGGACAAGAGAUUAAUGGAGACAGAAAUGGUCUUGGUAGCACCAGAUUAGGCAGAAUUGCGAUGGCAGGAGGCAAACAGUUGCUUCUGAAGCUCAACUCUGCAAGAAAAAACUUCCCAAUGAAGAUAUUUCUGCUGCUGCUUGGCUUCUACACUGCCAAUGCACUGGCCACCAUUCUUGGUCAGACUGGUGACUGGGACGUGCUUGUCGCAGGAAUCGUCGUGGCUGCCAUCGAAGGAAUCGGUAUGCUUAUGUAUAAGAAGCCUUCUUCUUCAAUGUUCUCUGGCAAGUUGCAGUCUUUUGUUGUGUUUAUGAAUUUCUGGAAAGCUGGUGUUUGUUUGGGUCUCUUUGUUGAUGCUUUCAAGUUGGGUAGUUGA